AUGAACCUGGCCACUAAGCCGGGAUACCUUGAAAAGCUUACCGCCGAAAGGGAGAAAUCCCGGAAGCUGUUGUUGCAAUUCAUCCGGGUUGCUGCAUUAGUCAUACUUCAGGGGGGUGAAGUAAGUUUCGAGUGGCCAAGAGACGCUGCUGGUUGGUCUUUGCCUGAGAUCAUUGCUUUUGUUGACCAGUUCAAUCUUCUCACCGUUGAGUUCCACGGAUGCGCUUUCGGACUUGUGUCUUCCAGAGGUGGCCCAAUGCUGAAGCCUUGGAAGAUAUUGACUAGUAGUAAGCGUUUGGCACAUGACUUUGCGGCUUAUCAGUGUUCACAUCCUAAGCACUUCAAGCACGAUACCGUUGAAGGUUCUGACUCAAGACGCUCAGCCUUUUACCCUGAGGCCAUGGCCAGAGCAAUUUUGGCAUCUUUGCUUCCUUAUGCGAAAGCAUUUGUUGCACCAGCGUUGCCAUGUGUGCCCACUUUUCCUCAACUUCACAGGGUUAAGGACGUUCGGCCGCCACUACCGCUCGAUCUCCUGAUGUUUGAGUCUGGUAUGCGCCUGGUCCAAGAAGAAAAGGAUGGUCUUUUGAAGGCAGGUACCUGGAUAGAAGAAGAGAUCAUGCCGAAGAGUGAGGUUCUUGCAUGGGCUCGCAGGACUUCCAAUGUGAUCCACUUCGGAAACUUGAUGGUCAUCAUGAGUGUGAAAGGCGCCGAACUAGAGCCUGAUUCUUGGAAGCUUAAGGCGCGUAUCGUCUUUCGUGGCGACGAUGUACGUGACCAGACUGGAAUGUCUGCUGUGUUCGAAGAACUCUUCGCGUCUGCCCCUUCUUCGCUUGAGGGACUGAACACGGUCAUUGGAUUCGGUCUUCUCGAAUCUCAUGGUGUGACAACUAGCGACGCCAUUAAGGCGUAUACACAAGCAGCCUUGAAGAGCAAAAACCGAACUUUCGUCCUCUUGCCACCAGAACUCGUCCCAGCUUCCAAGAGAGACGUAAUUCAGCCCUGUGCACCGCUCUACAAGGCCUUGUAUGGACACCCUGAGUCAUCAGCGCAUUGGCAAAGGCAUUUGCGUGGUAUUCUCACUGGUCUUGGUGGAAUUGAAUUCCCCAACCUUCCUUCUGUGUAUUAUUUUCCCACAUUGGAUCUGAUCUUGUGCGUAUAUGUUGACGACCUCACAUUGAGCGGGAAGUUGUCGAAGCAUAAAGGUUUCUGGACCUCCAAACAGUGUGUUGACUUGUAUGAAUCCUUGGUUGGUUCCGCUGUUAAGCACCAGAGGACCCCGCAUGUUGACCCAGUAGCUCUAUCACUAAGUGAUAAUGAUGCUCGGGGUUCUCUUGCUGACAGCGCCGCUCGCAUCCUGAUGAAGAUUCUGUGGCUUGCACGUUUGAAUCGCCCAGAUCUUAUGGUGGCCGUCACUACCCUCACGACCAAUGUCUGUCGUUGGUCAGUGAACGAUGAUAAAAGGGUUGCCAGGUUGGUGGGUUACAUUGCUGCGACGGUUCAAUACAACCCUGUGAUGUUUGUCCACGACCCAGCUUCAUCUUUGCACCUUGCCCUGUAUGUGGAUUCAGAUUUCGGCGGCUGUCCUGACACCGCGCGUUCCACAAGUGGGUAUAUCGUUGCCCUUGAAGGAAGCAACUCAUUUGCUCUUCUGUCAUGGUCCAGCAAGAGACAGAAAGUGGUCUCAAGGAGCUCUACCGAAGCAGAAUUCGUGUCCUUGAGCAGUGCGCUGUUCAAUGAUGCCUUGCCAUUACUUGAAGUUUGGCAAACCAUAAUCCCUGGCAUUAAGCUCUUGUGUCGUGAAGAUAAUGAAGCUUGCAUUGCCAUUGUCCGUAAAGGAUAUUCAGCUAAGCUGAGGCAUUUGUCCAAAACUCAUCGCAUCAACGUUUCAUCUACGUGCGAAGCUGUGAACGACAACGAUGAUGUUGAACUGGGCUAUGUCAACACUAAUGACCAGAAAGGUGAUCCUUUGACGAAGGCUCUUUCGGUCCAGAAGUGGGCUCAUGCACUGAAGUUGCUCCACAUCUCCACUGAGCAUCUGCCAGAUGUUCCCAUCUAA